AUGGUAAUCUUUCAAGAAUUAAUCCCCGGAUUACCAGAUGAUAUCGCCCUUGAAUGUCUAAUUCGCAUCCGAACUUCAGAUUUUCUCGCUGCUACAGGUGUUUGUAGCCGUUGGCGCCGAUUACUCAAGAGCAAAGAAUUCUCUCUCCUCCGUAAACAAAACGGGUUGACCCGUUUAUAUGCUUGCUUAGUCCAGGAAAGGUCGGUGUCCGAUUCCGAAACUACCGGGUCAAAACCAGUGAGUCCCUCCGAUUUUGGGAUUUCUGUAUUUGACUCGGUGACUCGGUCCUGGGACCGAGUUGAUUCAACUCCUGCGUACCCGACUCGUCUCCCAUUGUUUUGUCAGGUUGCAAGUACUGAAGGGAAACUCGUUCUCAUGGGUGGAUGGGACCCGGAGAACUACGAACCUGUAACUGGUGUUUUUGUAUAUGAUUUCUUAACCCGGAAUUGGAAACAAGGUAAAGAUAUGCCUUCCAAACGGUCGUUUUUCGCGAUUGCAGGAUUAAAUGGGAGAGUAUAUGUUGCCGGUGGGCAUGACCCGGAUAAAAAUGGGCUGAACUCAGCUUGUGUGUAUGAUCUCUUAGAAGACGAUUGGACUGAGUUGACUCCAAUGAGUCAAGUCCGAGACGAAUGCCAAGGCCUUAUAAUCGGGUCUGAAUUCUGGGUUAUAAGUGGAUAUGUAACCGAAAAUCAAGGUGAGUUUGAAUCGAGUGCGGAGUCAUAUAAUAGCAACUCGGGUGAGUGGACUCGGAUAGAGUACGUGUGGAUGGGUGGGCAGAACCCACGAUCAUGUGCCGGGUCGGCUAAGAGAGGGGAGUUAAUAAACUGGGCUGAGUCAAACUCGGAUGUACGAAUUGGGACGUGUGUAGUGGAGUUGGGUGACAGAGUUUUGGUGAGUGGCUCAGUGAGUGAAGGGGCGAGUCGAAAAUUUAUCAUUGGUAAGAAGUUAAGAAAUGGGAAGUAUGGUGAGUUUGAGAAAUUGGUUAAUGUGGGUGAUGAGUUUAUGGGGCUCGUGCAAUCUGGUUGUUACCUCGAAGUUUAA